AUGGCAUUCCUGGGGCGGAGUUUGAUCCUCCGACAAUUAAGAAGAUAUUCUGUACAAUCCAUAUGCUCCAACAGAGGCUUGCGAUACGCCCACUCUAAUGCUCGUGCGACGGAAUAUCUUCAAACCCACGACACCGACCUGACAGACUCGCAAAAGACUGUUCGCGAAGCUAUAGCCAAGAUUUGCGCUAACUAUUCUGACGAAUAUUGGUUGAAACAAGAUGAGACCAAGAAGUUCCCAGCUGAUUUCCAUCAAACUCUCGCCCAGGAUGGGUGGCUGGGAGUCUGCAUGCCACAAGAAUAUGGCGGCUCAGAAUUGGGCAUCGCCGAAGCAACCAUAAUGAUGCAAACCAUCUCCGAGUCAGGGGGAGGAAUGACGGCUGCCUCUUCCGUGCAUAUGAACAUCUUUGGUCUCGAGCCAGUCGUCAAAUUCGGGACCGAGGAACAAAAGAAACGUUGGCUUGAGCCCCUGAUCGCGGGGAAAGAGAGAGCUUGUUUCGGUGUUACUGAACCGAAUAAUGGAUUAGACACGUUGAAGCUACAAUCUAUCGCCCGAAAAGAGAAGAACGGUGACGAUUACAUCCUGUCAGGACAGAAGAUAUGGAUUUCUACUGCGCAAAAUGCUCAAAAAAUCCUGAUCCUAGUUCGUACCACGCCUCUCGAAGAGGUGAAAAAGCCAUCGCAAGGCCUAUCACUCUUCUAUACCGAUCUUGAUCCCUCUGUUGUGACAAUCACGGAAAUUCCGAAAAUGGGCCGAGCAGCUGUCGACACAAAUACCCUUUUCUUCGAGAAUUGGCGAGUACCAGCUAGCGAUAUGGUCGGGAAGGAGAACGACGGAUUCAAGAUGAUUCUCCACGGCAUGAAUGCAGAACGGAUCCUUAUCGGAGCUGAGGCACUGGGCCUCGGAUACGCUGCUUUGAGGAAAGCAGCAAUCUAUGCGGGUGAGAGGGAAGUGUUCGGGCGUGCAAUUGGUAAAAAUCAAGCUAUCCAGCAUCCUCUCGCAGAUAGCUGGAUGAAGCUGGAGGCUGCACGCCUAAUGAUCUACCACGCAGCCCGUAUGUACGAUCAAGGAUACGCAGGGGGUGAGUAUGCCAAUGCCGGCAAGUAUCUCGCUGCGGAGGCUGCUUUCGAAGCGUGUGAAAGGGCGGUUCUGACGCAUGGGGGAAUGGGCUAUGCAAAAGAAUACCAUGUAGAAAGGUAUCUUCGUGAGGUUUUCAUUCCCAGGAUAGCUCCUGUGAGUAAAGAAAUGAUCUGUAACUAUAUUGGUGAACGAGUGCUCGGUUUGCCAAAGUCAUAUUGA